AUGGAGCGGCAGGCUGGGCCGGCUGUCAGCCCCCACAAUGCAGAGGCCGCCAAAGUGCGGCAGUUGAAGAGGUGGGAGUCGGCUUUCCAACGCUUGCAGAACCAGGGUGAGGUGGACCGUGAGUUGCUCUUGCAGGGCAUCGAGCUCGCAGGCUUCACGAUCGUCCGACAAGAGUGGUUAGACCAGGUCGUGGCUGAAAUCACCACGUACACCACACUGGACAUGGACGAGUUCAUGCAAGUGCUGCAGGGCUAUGAGGCCAAGCAAUAUGCAGAGUUCAUCAGUGUCUUUGAGCACUUCGACAUCGAUCAAAACGGACACCUGGAGAGAGACGAGCUGGCCGCCUUGCUGGAGCAGUGCGGCAUUACCGCCUUGGACCAGGUGCUCAAGGAGAUCUUGGUUGAAGUCGCACCUGUGGACUCCUCACACCUCACCUUGGAAGAGUUCAGGAAAGUAGUGGAGAUCAUCCACGUCAACGAGGGCUUCUCCUCUCGGGAGAUCAUUAAGCUCAAGGAGAUUUUUCGAAGGUUUGACCUGGACAAGGGUGGCUUUCUGGACACCUCGGAACUGCACAAAGCCCUGGCCUGGCUGGGCUUUGGCCUCACCUCACAGGAAGUGGAGGACAUCAGCAACAGCUGUGACGUUGGAGGCAAGGGCUCUCUUCAGGAGCAUGAGUUCGUUGGAUUCAUGCGCAAGGUCAAGGAACGCGAGAUCUACUUGGUGAAGAAGGCUCUCUCGAAACAACGACCGGAUGCCGGGUCAGUGUACAUGCAGAAGCAGCUUGACAGGGUUCUACGGACCUUGGGCUACAUCCCCAAUGCGCGAGCGAUCCGUGAUGCAGGGGAGGAUGCAGGCAUCAUCCGAGUGAAUCCUGCAGAGGUGGUGGAGCAACAGGGCCAUGGCAUUCAACCCUGGAAGCCAGUGGUCUCUGGUGCACAGCGCCGGCAAAGCUUCAUAAGCUCUGGCAGCAGGCGCACCAGCGUGGGUACUAUGGCCACACUUGGGGGCAGCAGUCGCCGCGUCUCUGCGGUGUCCAGCCGCCGCGACAGUGCCAACAGCCCCUUGGAAGGCCGAUUUCACUGUUCCGAAGACGAUCACGCUGUCCAGUUUCUUCAACUUCUUGGAGGUUUACCGCUCGCGGGAGGGCUUGGAUCGCACCCAGAUCUUGGAGCUGGAAUCCGUUUUCAGGAAGUAUGA